GUCUUCGAUCUGGAGGCGCUUGUACGUGGUCAGUUGGCGCGUGUUAGAGCAGAUCUCGGUUAUUGGCCGCGGAGGAUUUGUUGGUUAUUGAUGCUGUUUAGGGGGGUUAGAUCCGAUGCGUUGUGUGUUCUGUUCGUCAAAUUUGGUCACGCGUCGCAUGCUUCAGUGAAGAUCAGCUGUUUUCCAUCCUUUUGAGGCAAGAUGGCGGCUACCUUCAAUGUUAACGCUGAGGCAGGCCUUAAAAAGCUUGAUGGCUACCUUCUGUCCCGCAGCUACAUCUCUGGAUACCAAGCUUCCAAGGAUGACUUGGCUGUGUAUUCUGAAUUCUCAGUUGCUCCACCAUCGACUUGCACCAAUGUUGCAAGGUGGUACAAUCACAUUGAUGCGCUCCUGAAGCUGAGUGGAGUUACUGCCCCUGGUCAAGGUGUGAAGGUUCUGUCAUCAAUUGUCCCUGAAACCUCAACUACUGAUGUUGCUGAGGCUCCUGCAGCUGAUGAUGACGAUGACAGCGAUGUUGACCUUUUUGGAGAGGAAACCGAAGAGGAGAAGAAGGCAGCUGAAGAGCGUGCUGCCAAAGCGAAGGCAUCUACCAAGAAGAAAGAAUCUGGCAAGUCAUCAGUUUUGCUUGAUGUUAAGCCAUGGGAUGAUGAGACUGACAUGGUCAAGCUAGAGGAAGCUGUCCGAAGCAUCAAGAUGGAGGGCCUUCUGUGGGGUGCUUCCAAGCUCAUGCCAGUUGGAUAUGGCAUCAAGAAGCUCCAGAUUAUGAUGACCAUCAUUGAUGACCUUGUCUCUGUUGACACUCUGAUUGAAGACCAUCUGUGCGUCGAACCAGCGAACGAGUACAUCCAGAGCUGUGACAUUGUUGCCUUCAACAAAAUCUGUAAGUUUCUCCAGCUAGUUUAAUUUCCUAUCCUAGUUGCAUUGGCUGUAAUCAGCUGAUCUAAGAUGCUAUGUUAUGUUGUCCAUUCUCCUUAAAGUCGUACCACACCAGCACUGUGUCUAUGUCUAGUUCUUGUCUCCUUUUAUCGACACUAUCCAUUUCUAGUUCUGGUUUGGACCUUUUGAUUAGUUAGAUUCAUCAGCUCUAACUUUGGUAAACCUGUUUUACUGCAGAAAUCUUCCCGAGGUUCGUGAUUGCGGUCGGUGGACAAUGCAGCAGCACAAACAAUAUGUCUACAGUUUCCCGUUGCCAUGAUGGUGUCGUAGCUAAA